AUGGACAUCACCCUCCUUCCCCCUACCGAUAUCCUAACUCACCAUUCACACGUCUCUCGACUCCUUCCUUCCCCUAUACCCAACACCCAUACCAGACGAUACCGUCAAUCAUCAUACUUUGCACCUACCACUUUCCUCCGUUUCCCUCUAUCAUCAUGUUACCUCGGCUAUCGAGGUCGUGGUCGUUCUCCUGAUCCCCAGCCACCUGCAGAUGGUCGAUGUUUAGUAGACAAUCUACCCGACGAGAUAUGGUUACAGAUAAUGGGCAAUUUUGAAUGGGAUGAAAUACUUUCACUUCGACCAGUAUCAAAACGAUUCGCAUCUCUAUGUCUCUCACCGACUUUACAUCAUACCCUGACUCUCCUUUCACUACCUCCUUCUCCAUUACCGGAUCUCCUCGUGCGACAUCUUUUACCGGGUAUACGUCACUUACAUCUUCAUCUGUUCCCAUACCCCAGUCCUGCAAGCGCUGGCAAUCAUCCUACCACUGUCCUUUUGGAUCUUCUACAACAAUUACCGGAGGAUCAAUUAUUAUCCCUCAGUUUACCAUUCUCAGCACCUUAUCUUCCUCCUAGUGAACUGGGAAUGGUGCUUGCUCGGAUCGGCGGGAAAUUAGAGAAGCUUGAUUUGAGAGGUAGUGGUCUGGCGGGUCCUGGAUGGUUACGAUGGAUUUCUCUCAUCGGUGUCAAAGGUCGAGGUUUAAGGGAACUUGACGUCGGGUUUACUUCCAUCACCGCUCUCCCAUCAUUAUCGACGUCAUCAACCUUAUCAUCAACAUCAUCAUUCCCGAUCGACUCCCCUCCGUCAUCAGACUUAGAGACAUUCUCACAUUUGCGGACACUCAGCCUAGCGUCAUGUUCUUCACUCCCAGCAGCGGCUUUGGCCGAAUUCCUCGCUACCGUUCCCCACAAUUUAGAACAUCUGGAUUUAUCGAGAUUGGAUCAAAUCACCCUCCCAUCUUUGAUGGCUCUUCGGGUGGUAUCCGCGACAGUGGACGAUGUUCGACCAGGAUGUACAUGGGGUGAAGAGAAACCUGAACCGACUAAAUUGAAAGAGAUCAAAGUGGUCGGAAUCGAUCAUCUCACAAGGACUGAUGUACGUCGAUUGAAAGUCAAUUGGGAAGAUCAACGAAGAGAAUGUAUGCCAUGGGAACCUAUGAUGGUUGCUGUACCUUUACCAAGAGUAUGGGGAGAACCUCGUCCUUCCAUUCGACACUCACCCGAAUCUAUCAAUUCACAACUUCCUAUCCCUCCAACACCUCCUAGAACACCAUUACAACCUCGUAAUUUAUCACCUCCAUCAUCUUCCGAUUCAUCCCCUGAAUCAAUCAUAGGGCCCAGUACACCCAUCACACCCCAUACGCCCCAUACACCUAUCACACCGGCUGGAUCGUCGGACACUAUCAAUCUAAAGGGAGUUCAUCCUUUCUUGCAAACUCCUCCUAGAUCAGUCAGACCUUCUCCUGACCGCCAUUUGACUCGAAUCAAGGGAAGAGAUGAGGUCAGUCCAGAUGGUUCAGAAUCCGAUUCUGAAGAUCUUACGAGUUGCUCUAAUCCAUCCACCUUGUCAGGUCUCACCAAUUUAUCAAACUUUUUAGACUCUUCGGAAUUACUACGUGAUGCCGAUAUCGCAAGGGAAGGUUCAAGAAAGAAUCAGAGAGAUACAUGGGGUCCAUGGGAAAGAAAACAGAGAGAAAAAGAGAAAAGAGAAGCAGAACAAAAACAAAAGAUGGAAAUUAUCAAUAUCAAUAUCGUUCAUAGUGCGAUUUUGGAAUCGGAGGAUGAAGCGGGUUAUAGACAGUUUAUUGGGGAGGUGGCAGCUGCUACGACUACAACUUUGGGUAUGGGUAGAUGA